CGAAGGAGGAGGACCCUCCCGCUCCCUUCACGGACGUCCCCCGUCCAGCUCGGGUUCUGCGCUCCGUCCUCCCAGCCACAAGGUGCCCCCAGACCCCCGGCUUCUCUUCCGCCGCCGCCAGAGCCUCGUUCUCUUUCCCUCUAUCCGCCGCUUCCUGCUCCGGGGAUCCGCGCUCGAGAUCUUGGGCCCAGGCGCCCGAGGCUUCCCGGUACGCUCGGCCAGGAUGGCACUAGCUCUGUGUCCGCAGGUGCUGUGCAGCCUGGGGGGCUGGCUGUCGCUCUACAUUUCCUUCUGCCGCCUGAAUAAGCACCGAAGCUACGAGUGGAGCUGCCGGAUGGUUACCUUCACCCACGGAGUCCUCUCCAUAGGCCUCUCAGCGUAUAUUGGCUUCAUUGAUGGCCCCUGGCCUUUUACCCACCCAGGCUCACCCAAUACACCUCUCCAAGUGCACGUACUGUGUCUCACCUUGGGCUACUUCAUCUUCGACUUGGGCUGGUGCAUCUAUUUCCAGUCUGAGGGGGCCCUGAUGCUGGCUCACCACACCCUGAGUAUUUUGGGCAUCAUCAUGGCCCUGGUGCUUGGAGAAUCAGGCACAGAGGUCAACGCGGUCCUCUUUGGAAGUGAGAUUACCAACCCCUUGCUGCAGAUGCGCUGGUUCCUCCGAGAAACAGGGCACUACCACAGUUUCACUGGAGAUGUGGUGGACUUCCUCUUUGUGGCUCUGUUCACCGGCGUGAGGAUUGGUGUCGGAGCUCGCCUCCUUUUCUGUGAAAUGGUCUCCCCCAAGCCCAAGUGGUUUGUGAAGGUUGGGGGAGUCGCGAUGUAUGCUGUGUCUUGGUGUUUCAUGGUUAGCAUCUGGCGCUUUGCGUGGAGGAAAAGCAUCAAGAAGUACCACGCCUGGAGAAGCAGGCGGAGCGAGGAGUGGCAGCUGAAAUGUAAUGGACAUCUCAAAACGAGCUAGCCAAGCCUUCCUCCAGAUGACAGAUUGGGCUAGUCAGCCACAGGACCCAGGUUGGAGAUAUGGCUGUUAGAGAAUCAUGCUUAUAACAAACUUAGGUUUCAAAAAAGGGCUAAAUGUAUCAGACCGUUUGGUCGAUUGUUGAGUGGAGCCUAUGCCAGUAUUAAAACACUAAUGUCACAGUUGUAGAAAGUGAGACUACUCAGUGGUAGUUGUGAAUAAGUCAGAGCUGUGAGGUGGGCACAGCUGCCUUCCUUUGUGUUCGUGGUGUCCCUGGGUCCUCUCGUCUCUGGGAUACUGGGUGGUUAGACAGCUCAGGAAGGAAUUUGAGAAUCUCUUCGAGAAUUGACUGCUUAAACAAACCCUUAUUCCUGCUUUCUGUAGCAAUUUAAAUAAGUCACCCCAUUCACUGUAAAGUGAGGGACUUCUAGGUAGAUGCACGUCAGGCAUUCCGAGCAUUGGAUCAGGGAAUGGGAUGUGCUUAGACAAAGGGAAACGAUAAGAGAAGUGAUCCUAAGCCAACUGGCAAGGGUCCCCCAAGACACCACCUAGGUUUGGUGCUUUGCUAAGGAGACUCACAUGACUCCGAAUGUAGUCCCAACUCCUAGCUGUGACCAGUUACAGCGAAAGGAUACAAAGAAAGGGCAGCAAAGGGAAAAGGUGCCUGGGGCAGAGUUCAGGAAAAACCAGGCCCAAGCUUCCAGAGUCCUCUCCCAUUGGGAUCCCCGAGCAUGCACUGAAUUCCUCUAGCAUCAGUUUGUGGCGAUGUGUGGAGAAUGUCCAGUGAGGAAGCUCAUUAGAUGCUCAAUGUGCAUGUUUUAUUAUUGGGGGUCAUGCAGGCAGCCAUUGCCUGGCAUGUAGCAGAAUUCCUGACUCUCAGAAGGAAAGCAGGUGUUCAGCAUAAUCUGUAUUGUUUGCACAGUGUAGGCACCAUGAGCCAGUCUCAUCAGUUAAUGAAGGGAGCCCUCCUGAAAUCUAAGUUCCCAGAUGCCAGCCAAGGGCCAGCUUUGUAAGGAGGCCUUUCCAAGGACAGGAGUUCAGGCUUGCUCUGUUAACUCUUUUUUGCACAAAAACCAAGGAGCUCGGGCUUCGAUGAGAGAUGAAUGAGGUGUGGGCAGAUUUACCGAGUCCUGUUGUACGGGUUCUGCCCUACCGGGAAAAUGAUGCCAAUUCUCAGGGCUUUUGUGCAUUAAUCUCCCAGGCAUGAGAGGCUGUGACUGAAUUCCAUAGGGAUUUAGCAUGUGGAUUCCACCGUGCCUGAGGUGGCAGUUCAGGUUUCAGCCCUGCUAUCCGUACUGCAAACCAGAACCAAAGAGUAAAGUGCGCUGGCCUCACGGUACUGAGUCUAAUUUUUUUUUAAAUUUCAUAUACUUUCCCUUUAGCCCUUUACUGCUUUUUCUCUGAAAAAGGUGCCACUCUCUAUGAAUAAAAUCUACUGACGAGGCCAGUCCUAGAAGGAAACAAAAAAAAAUCUUUCUUCGUGCCAUAGUCUCUCAUCUCCCCCAGGAAAAGCAAGAAUGUCAGCUUAGAAUGAGAGACUAGGAAUCAAGACUUUCUGGGCUCUUUUAGCUAAUUUUGCCACUCUCUUGCCAGAUCAUGUGGGUAGGUCACUUAAGUUCUCUCUCUCGGUUUAAACUUUGUGAAUGAGUGUAUUUCACAGUGACACUGUGGCAUCUUACUAAGGGAGGUCUUUAAUGUAGGACUUUUAUGGGGAAAAGGAUGAUUUAUUUAUUUGUUUAUUUAUUUAUUUAUUUGCUUUUUAUUUAUUUAUUGGACUAUGUUAUUUAGACCCCUGGGGAUUGAUUCACUUAAUUGGUGAGCAAAUGUGUGGGGCUAUGGAAGUCUAAGCCUAGGUCAGUAGGAAGUCUCUCUGCCCAUUCUGUGGUCACCGGUCAUACGAACCUAACAGAGUGAUCUUGAAAAUGGCUGUCAUGGCCCAGGCAUGGCGGAGUGGUGAAACAGCAUGACGUCAUCAUUGAUCUGGAAAAGGCAACUUUCAAAGCAUGUUAGCAGUGGGUCUUUUAAAAUGACUGUCAUUUGGUUAACGAGUUUUUUGCUGCAUGUGGAACUAAUCUGACAGUAGCAUCUCCAUCUUUUUUCCCCUGUGGUCAGUACCCCCGGAAUACUGGUGAGCUUCUUUACAGCAACACUGUGGUCAGAGUUGGAUGUUGGGGAAUGCUGAUUUUAGCAAAAGCCCAGUGAGAAAGAGUGGCUUGGCGCAGGAGCUUAAAAAAAGAAAAAGCUGGCUCUUGAAUUUUGGCACAGUGCUACCUGUUCCAUACCAGACAAAUGAAUAGGCUUAAUCUGGUACCAGUUUUUUCUCUUUACUCCUCAGAAGUGAGGGGAUUGCAGACCUUGCUCUUUUAGGGGUAUUCCUGGCAAUGUACACAGGUUUCUUUUGGAUUUUGAAUAACCUAAAUAAUGAGGGAAGAAAAAUUGUUUUAACUAGUAACUCUGAUGCUUUAAUUUUGUCCCUGACACAAAAGUGGGAAAUGAAGGUGACUCAGCAGUUAAGACGCUGUUUUGACAUCACAGAUAAACGAAGGGCUAAUUAACACGGAGUGUGAUCAGACAAAAUGAAGUAUUUUAUUCAUUUGCAUUUGGAUUACUAUGUAAUAAUUCCUAACAGUGCUCAAGAAAGAUUUAUAUUUCAAUAAGAUUUGUACUAAAUUUUAUAAAAAUAAACACAUUUUUAUCAACCCAGA